UGCAUUUCGGUAACAAACAGCCAACCACAGAGCUUCACAGGCAGGAAGCUAAAGGCUAAACCUGAUAAAGCGAUGAGUUCGCUUUCAGUGAGUUUAGCAGCAGCGGCGUAGAGGCUCAUGGGUAUUGUAGUAUGACGUGACAAAACGUAAAAAGAGUAAAUUCAAACCGCCGUCGGGACUUGAAGCUGCGCGCUCGGUCCGGUCUCUAGCACAGCGGCUUCCGGUGAAGCUGAGGCGGGAACCCGGAAGGGGGCGCAGUCGUCUCCCCAGCGUCCUCGUGUUUGUGGUUCCCAUGGCAACAGUGCCGCGUCUGCGCUGUUUGAAGCAGCUCGCGUCUGAGCGAAGAAGCUGAAAGAAGCCGCAGACUUUUUAAAAUGUCGCUGAGUCCAAGAAGAAGAAGAUGCCGGGAGUUCACCGGGCCGACGCCGCACUCGGUCGCUGUGAGAGCGAAGUUCCCGUCGUCGAGGCCGGCGGACCAGCUGAUCCUGGAGAGACAGAAGCAGGAUGCCGCCCGAGACAAAGUCCUGGAGUUCACAAAGAACCAGCAGAGCUGCGACAUCAAGAGCUCGUGGCUGCGGAGUUCAGACGGUCGUUUCCUGAGAGGAACCAUCGAGAGGCGAGUCCGAGCUGCUCUGAGCCAGCAGGAGGUCCACAUCCAGGAGAGGAGGGACAGGCUGCGUGUGCUGUUGGAGGCGGAGGAGCAGCAGCUGCUGCAGGAGAUGGAGGAGAAGGUGGAGACUUCAGUGGAGAGACAGGCGAAGAUGAGAGAACGAGCCAAAGCCCUGAGAGAGAGGAGAGAGACAGACAGACAGCAGCUGGUCUCAGACAAGCUGGAGCAACUCUUCAGGGAGCAGUGUGAGGAGCUGCGGACCGUCCAGAGCCGCCGCAGAGAGCAGCAGGUGUGCGAGGAGCGAGCCGCUCAGGUGAGAAGCCGACAGCGGCGGCGGCGGCGGCAGCAGGAGGAGGAGGAGCUGUUUGAUGAGCUGUGGGAGGCCGAUCGCAGAGCCAAAGAGGAGCGGGAGGCGCAGCGAGCGCAGACGCAGCAGCGCAGAAACCUGCAGCAGCUGGACUCCAUCAGGAGCCAGAUGGAGGCGGCCGAGCAGCAGAGACGGAAGCACCGGCAGCUGAGGGAGGAGGAGGCUCGGCUCAUGCUGCAGCAGCAGCAGAUGCAGCGGCUGCAGCGGCAGCGCGAGCAGCAGCAGAAGCUCCGGGAUCAGCAGACCCGCCGCCGGCAGCUGGACCAGGGCUUCCGGCUGAAGAUGAAGCGUCUGUCCCGAGAGCAGCAGGACGAGCUGCAGCUGGACAUGAACAUCCUGCAGGCGCUGCUCAAACAGGAAACCGACGAGAAACAGGAAGCUGCUCAGAGGAAGGCCGAGCUGCGUCAGGAGCAGCAGGUGUACCGGCAGUACCUGUCCGAUGAGCUGCACAAGCAGAAGAGGGAGGAGGAGGAGACGGAGCAGCUGAUCGAGGAGAAACUGAAGGAGGUCUGGGCUAAAAGAGAGGAGCAGAGCCGCCUGCAGCGAGAGGCCAGAAACCGACUGAUGCAGGAAGUGAUGGAGGCUCGAAGUCUGCAGAUCCAACUCAAACUGGAUCUGAACCUGCAGAAACAGGUGGAGCUGUCCAAAGAGAGAGACGAGCUGAACAGAGUGAUGGAGGAGAUGAAGCUGAUGGACGAGGAGGAGAAAAGACGUCAGAAGCAGACCUGCGAGGCGUAUCGGGCCGACCUGAAGGCCCAGAUGAAGCAGCAGCAGCAGCUUCGGUGUGAGGAGAGAGCUCAGGCGGAGAGGGAGCACCAGCAGGGUCUGGUCCUGCAGGAGCGGUUCAACCACAAGAAAGAGGAGAUCCUGUCCAGACCCGCGUCUCACACCACCGCCCCCCAUCCUUUCAGACGAGCAGAGGGAUCCAGCUCUGCCUCCAGACACCGCCUCACGUAGGCAGCCCUUUAAAACACCACAUUACUCUGAUCUUUUAAAUCUAAAUAAAAGCCUUUCAAAGCCCUUCGUACCUGCAAACACAGCUUUACAGUCA